UGUGCGGCAACCUCUCAAAUAAAGAAACACAACUCACUGAAAAGUAUGAUUGUUUAUGUAGAGCACCUUGUCCGGGUUAAAUAAUAUUACCGGUAUUUGAAGUUCGGUUUUUGAACUAAACAUGAGUUGCCUUAGUUCGGAAAGUACUUAUGUUAGUCCUGUGGUGAAAUGGCUUGUGUUUUUCUUCAAUUUCAUAUUUUGGAUGGCAGGAGCGGGAAUGGUUGGUAUUGGUAUUUGGGCAUUUGUAGAGAAGAAUAAAUUUUAUCAUCAGGAAAUACAGUCAAUAUAUGAUGUUAUGUUUGAUUUAUCUGUGGUAUUUCUAGUACUAGGUGUGGUUAUUUUUAUACUUGGAUUCUCAGGAUGUAUAGGAGCUCUAAGAGAAAAUACAUAUCUUUUAAAAUUUUUUUAUAUUGUCAUGAUUUUAAUAUUUGUGGCUGAGAUCACAUUAGGUGUUAUUGCCUUUGUUUUCCGUGACAAAGCUAAACAGACUAUAACGGAUACAUUUCAAGAAAAUUUUAUACCCCGUUAUGAAGAUGAUCCAGAUGCUAAAAGUUUUAUUGACUGGAUUCAAGAAAAUAUUCACUGUUGUGGUGUAACAUCCAAUGGUUAUAAAGACUGGAAUCAGAAUAUGUAUUUUAAUUGCACAACAACAAAUUUAAGUAAAUUGAGUUGUGCCACACCUUACUCCUGUUGUCGUAAACAAGACACAAUUAGAAAUGGUGUACCAAAUAUUUUAUGUGGAGCCGGAGCUUUAAAAGAAGAGGCCCCAAAUCGUAGCACACAGAUAUAUACUAUUGGAUGUAUUGAUGCAAUGUUGAAUAUGGCCGAACAGAAUUUACCUAUUGUAGGUGGCGUUGUGAUAGCUUUUACAAUUCCUCAGUUGAUAGGCAUUUGUUUGGCUCGAAUGUUGGAAGGACAAAUAUUAGAUCAGGUUGCUCGAUGGGAACGAAGACCGUAUGUAAUAGGAUAAUAUAACAUCCUCUUCUAGCUGUGCAGUAAUUUAAAAGGAGACAUGUUUCAACGAUUUGAGAUUUUAAUUUACAUAUCAUUUAAUGUACACUGGAGUCAAUUGUUAUACAUGUUCUGUAUCUACAAUGUACAACGAUCAUGCCAACACCAGUAUGCAUUAGUUGUAAGUUUCUAACAAGUGAUUGCUCUACUAACAAGCUGUAUUAAUAUUUCCAUUUAUAACCAUGUUAAAUGUUGUUAUAGUCUGUAUUGAAAGCAAACAUGGGAUUUAUUGAAAGCAAUAUUUUCAUGCUUGUUUGAUCGCCUUUAUCAAACAGAUGAUACCAAUAACGAGUAACCAAGUUAAUAUGUAAGGGAAUAUUUAUAAUGACAAAACAGCAGUGUGAAACCAUAUACAACAAGUGGUCAAAAUAACUAAACAAAUUCAUCCACAGAUCAGUGAUUGUCAUUUAAUAAAUUAUAGUUCUGAAUGUACAGUUGGUUUGUCAUAAAAUGUUAAGGUCUUGCCAUGAAUGUUCUUUAGACUGAAAUAGGAUAUGUAAACCUGAUUACUAGAAUUUUUGUCUGAGUAAAUCAUCUUUGUGUUUUUUCUAAUAAAUCUGUUGACCAGUGUUUAUGUCCAGUCAGAGAUAAAUACAUACAUUUACUUUUGUUGUAUCUGCCCAUAAUAGUGGUAAAUAUUUAUGUGGGAUGGUUUGCUACAUAUAAUUAUGAUAGCAAUGUUCAAAUUGAUUCUUCACAAAUACUCUUAAAAAAAAGUAGGGGAUAUUCAGAAACAAUACAAAACUGCGGAAAUGCACUGCUGUUUUUAUUAGAGGUAACCAGUGUAUGUUAAUAACAGGCCAAUUGCCUACACAUGAACAUAAACAGUACAUAUGGGCGGCUUAUCUGACAGCCCCAUUUCACCCGCAAAGAGAUACACUGUCAAAAGUGAAAAUGGACGUUUUUGAUGUGUGUCUUAAUAAUGAGUAAUUGCUCCACCAAUCCUCAGACAUUCUGCAAUUCGUCGUGGCAUGUUCCUAAUCAACCGUCCAAUCACGAUUUGGGGCAAUCUGACCCACUCCCCUUGCAUUGCAAAGGCCAAUACUUGCGGUGUUGUCCGUUGACAUUGACGUCGACGAACACGUCUCCCCAUGAAAAUAAACGUAACACACUAAAGCAAAGAUACGCUAAACAGUAAAUCUUAUGCAAGAACAGAUAGGAAUGCUAACAUGGAUAGAUAAACCAGGACGCGGCAGUUUCCAUCAACCCUUCCUUGAAGUGUCAAAUUUGACAAUGAACCCCUCCCACGUGUAUGGCGCUAUUGGGUGUCGUAUGUGCAGCUCAGUGGUUCUGUUGGGGCGAUAAGUUCUUCAUCUGUGAACAUACUCUCAAAGCAUGUCAAGUGUCCAUGACUAUUUAUCAUAUCACAACCUGCUUAGGUAUAAAAUUUGCAUUUCAAUAUCCCCUACUUUUUUUAAGAGGAUAUAUGCUUAUAUACUUUUAAGUAUUUUUAAAGUAGGCAGUAAUGCUCCUGUCAUGGUUGAGGGUGAAUAUUUAUUGCAGGUCAACAGAUUUCUGAAGAAUUAACCAUAUUUUGAAUAUACAUGUAUUAUGCUUAUGAUUAAAUUGAUAUGUUCAAAACAAAUGAGUUUAUUAUACUGUUUACAUUUAUUUUUGUAAGACAAGAUCUGUUUUAUAGAGAUCUAAUAUAAUUUUGUUGUAUAGACCUAUAUUAUGUUAUCUUUUUGAAAUUUUGGUUGUACAUACAAUAUUAUUUUGAAAUAAAAUUAUUUUCACUACA